AUGGAUUUGAGCGACGAGCAGAUACGCGCGCUGCCGCACAAUGAGCUAAUCGCGCAGUUUUUGCAAAUGAAGGAAGAAUUUAUCGAUUAUCAGACGAGCUCGUCGGAAAUCGAGAAGAUGCUCGACGCCGAGGUCGACGAUCUCAAGAAUCGUCUGAAACGCGCCGAGACGCGUUUGCAGCAGGCGACGACGGAAUGCGAGCGGAACAAGGCGCGUCACGAAGAAGCUCGCGCGCAAUCGGCUCAACUCGAAGAGCAGUUGAGGCGCGAGAACGCGACGCUUCGCGAGAAGUGCGAGCAGCAGCGCGAAACUAUUCGGAAGCUCGAGCAGAAGAAUGACAAAUUGGAGAUGUCGGAGAGGAACAAAGAGUUUAUGACGAUGGAUUUGGGCGGCAAAUUGGAUAGCGCGAUCGAGAAGAUCGCGAUUCUCGAGAGCCAACUGUAUGAGAGGCAACUCGCCGCCGAGGAAAUGCAUCGAUUACGAGAAGAACGAACUGAGAGGCCUCGUCUUGUCGUCGAGCCGCUUCGUGAGGUCAAGAAUGAGUUGAUGGUGGCCGGAACGAGCAAAUCGCAAGGACCAUCCACAGAAGUAGACGAUGUUACCAUGGAAGAUGUCGAAGAUAAAAAACAGCAGCAGUCGCAUGCGAAUGAUAUAUGUAUGGAAGAGGCGAUGACGCGAAUGGAUGAAUGUCGCAUCGGAACGACGAGCAAUGAUAAGAAAAGUCGUUUUCAGGAUCGUCGUGCCAGCUCGGCGAGUGGAUGCGUCAAUCGAAUUCUGAAGGACGUGAUGUCGAAAGUCGAACGAUUGGAGACGUUGCUAUCGACGAUUCGCGUUUCUCAGCCGUCAACGAAGCCGAUAAUUGCGUCGUGA